AUGGCACAGAACGAAGAAUAUCGACGGAGCGAUGGAAGGGGCGCGACGACAAUGAGGAAGCUCGGGAUAGAAAUUGGCGGGUUAAGCAAGAGCGAUGGCAGUGCGAGGUUUGGGUUCGGUGCCGAACAAGUAAUUGCGGGAUUUCACGGUCCCUCCGAGGCAGAUCGUAGAGACGAAUUGAUCGAUCGAGCUGCAUUGCGAAUAUCGCAUCGACCACUAGAGAGCAUCCCAGGCGUCUCUUCGAAAGCAAUCGCGGCCUCGCUCGAGAGCAUAUACCUCCCCCUUCUCAACGUUCAUGCCUUUCCCAAAGCCUCGCUGCAACUCACUCUCCAAUCCAACACAUCGGGGUCAUCUUCCCUCAAUCACUCUUCCAUGGCUGCUCGUGCGACCUGCAUCAACGCCGCGACGCUAGCAAUUAUGGACGGAGGAAGCGUCGACCUCCUCGGUGUCCCCGUAGCUUGUGCGAUCGCGGUCGUCCCCUCGCGGCCAAGAUCGAAACGAUACGACUUCGACGCUUCGUAUGUGACCCUAGAUGGUACGACCCCGAACGAAGAUGUCGAGGACGAGGAAGAUGAGGGGGGAGUGACGAUGAUCCUGGAUCCGACAUUGGAGGAAGAAAAGAUCGCCAAGAGCAGAUUCGUCUUUGCCUGGGCUUUCGGAGCCGGGCUCGGCCGGAAAGGCUUGGGAUCGGAAAAUGUGUAUCUCGAAAGCGAGGGAGCUUUCGAUAAUGUUCAGUUUCAAAACGCCUACAAUGCUUCGAGAAUAGCUUGCGAGCAGAUCCUCCGGGAGAUUCGGGACAAGGCGAGCGAAGGACGAUAG